AUCAAACGUUCGACGAAGUGUUACUGCCGCCAUUCGACGCAGAAAGCAGUUUAUUUUGAGCAGAAACAGCUCGCAGCUAUUUAAAAAAGAAAUAUAAUCAGGACUACUUGUUGAUUUGUAAGCCUGCAAUAAAUAUUGUGUUCAACGAUGGCUUUAACUUUUGACGUUAAUGAGCUCGAGGGAAUGAAGCGUGCUGAACUUCAAAAGCUCUGCAAGAGCGUGGGAAUUAAAGCCAACAGCAAGACUUCUCAGCUUAUCGAAGGACUAAAGAUAUAUGCAUCGAGGAUUUCUGGCACAGCAGAAGAUUCUUCAGUUGAGCAAGGAAAAGAACCUCACACAGCUGACUGCACCGAGAUAGGAAAGGCUGUUAAAGAUUCAGAAACAACAGAUUUUAAUCGUAGAAGUGAUACUGAUGAUGACAGUUACAAGAGAGAGCUCAUGGAUCAGCUUGAUAAGAAAGUCGAGGAAAAAAUGCCUGCAGAAUGUAAAAUCCCCCGAUUUGUUCAGUUCCUUGGUAAGGAGUCAUCGGCAGCAGAAACAAAUAAAACGCCAGCAAACAAAUGGAACAAGAUUCACAAGCAACAGUUUGAAAAGAUGGAUUCUAUUGACGUAUAUUUGGAGAAAAAAAGGAAAAGAAUGGAGGGUUUCAAUCAGUCAGUCAAGAGAGCUAAGAUUGUGGUAGAUAGCUGCAAGGAGGAGAAGGAAAACAGAAACUCUUUAGCAAGAAAAUCCACUGGGCCAAAAAGGAAAAGUCGAGGCAAACCAGCUGAGGUCACUUUCAAGCCAACUGUUACCACCAUCACCAAGUCAUCUACAUUUGUUUUUGGCUCUCCUGCUCCAAAACCAUUCUUCCAGCCUGCUAACAAAACUGUCACCAAAAGUGAGAAACUCAAAUUGAAAUCGCCCAAAGUUUUCAAGCCUAUCUUUUCUGGAUCUGCCUCCAACAAUGAAAAGCUUAAGACUCCUUUGGCACGAAAAUCCCUUCCUGCAGCUGCCAUAAAGGAAGACAAAUCAAAAACACCAGCAAAUCCAUCGCGCAAGUCAACUGCUGCAACACCCUUCAGAUUUUUGCCAGCUAAUGCACCAGAUGUCACAACACCAACCCCAAGAAAAAAAUUUGAUCUUCAAGCAAGCUUGGCCAAACCUCUAACUUACAAGCCACACACUGGAAAAUUAAAACCUAUCUCUUCAUACAAGGAGCAAUGUAGGCCUACCAUUAGCCAAACUAAGGUGAAGAAUCAUAAAGUGGAUGUCAAAAGUGUGAAAGUAACAUCAAGGGAUGAGCGUCGCAAGAAAGAUAACAAGAGCAGAGAAAACAGAAGAGCAAAUAACUUGAGUAGAAGGAGAGGACUUGCUUCCUAAUAAAACUGCAUCAGACUUCACAGACAUCUUUUCAGGGAUGGCACAAAAUUAUCAUAUGUUAAAAUAUAUAUUAAAACACACACCCAUGCCAAACAUCUUUGUCACACUGCCAGCUGUCACCAACAGUAAUAUUUAACUUUGCAACUUGUAUAUAGUUUGUAGAGGACCUGGCUAUGCUACCUCCGUUACAUGAGAGACAAUUAGCAGGCGGUUUACUCUUGAAUGUACAAAGUGGUAUUUUAGACAUAGUUUUGAAAGAGCCAUUAAUUUUUAAGUGUCAAGUCUUUCCUUGUGAGGGAAAGCUAUGUUGGGUUGUAUACAGUUGUACUCAGUCGACGUUUAUCUUAUAAAUGAAUGGCUCUUGUUUUUUAACAUUUCGAUACUUGUGUAAACCUAGUGGGCUUGCAAGAUAACAAACAAAACUGUUGUAAGUAGAAAAACAUGUGGUUGCAAGGAUAAAAUAAAUGGAAGAAAAUUCA